AUGGAGUCUCAAAAUCGCCCCAAUAUCGUCUUUAUCAUGGCUGACGACCAUGCCGCAAAGUCCAUAUCUUGUUACGGCGCCGGUAUUAACAGCACCCCAAACUUGGAUAGAAUCGCCAAUGAAGGCAUGCUUUUCAACCACUGCUAUGUCACGAACAGCAUCUGCACACCAUCUCGCGCAGCAAUUCUAUGUGGCACUUACAACCACGUCAACAACGUCACGACACUUGACUCCAAACUCAACAGCCGGCUCCCUAAUGUGGCCAAGCAGCUACAAGUCGGAGGCUAUCAAACAGCCAUGGUCGGCAAAUGGCAUCUCGGGGAGGGCGCCGAUUGUGGACCAACCGGCUUCGAUCACUGGAGCGUGGUCCCCGGACAGGGCGAGUAUUGGGACCCCCAAUUCAUCGAGCCUGACCCGAACACCGGCAAAUCCAAGAUGGUGCGCUACCCGGGAUACGCUACAGAUGUCAUCACCGACAAAUGCAUCGACUGGAUGCAGAACCGCGACAAGCAGCGCCCAUUCUUCCUCAUGUGCCACCACAAGGCCCCCCACCGCAGCUGGGAAUGCGACAACAAGCACAAGCACUUGUACAAAAACCCCGUCCGACUUCCGGAUACCUUCACGGACGAUUACAAGAACCGAGCGAAUGCGGCCAAGGUCGCAAAGAUGCGCGUGGCCGAAGACCUCACGUACAACGAUCUCGGCAUUGUUCAGCCGGAAGGCCCGUGCAGCGAGAUCGGAGAGAAGAUGAUCGAUAUGUGGUGGUGGAACGAUCGCAAGAUACCUGCGCCCGAAAACGUCACGAAGCUCAAGCUGGUCUGUAAAGACGAUGGAACCGUCUUCACUUUCAAGUCCAAGCAAGAGCUCGCGGAGUUCAAGUUCCAAAGAUACAUGCAACGCUACUUGAGGACUAUCCAGAGCAUCGACGACAACGUCGGGAGAAUGCUUGACUGGCUUGAGUCCGAAGGCCUCGCGGAAAACACCAUCAUCGUGUACACCUCCGACCAAGGCUUCUUCCUGGGCGAGCACGGGUGGUUUGAUAAGAGGUUCAUGUAUGAGGAGAGCUUCCAGAUGCCCUUCAUGAUACGCUACCCUCGCGCAAUCAAGCCGCAGUCCGUCUGCAACGACAUCAUCUGCAACGUGGACUUCGCCCCGACGUUCCUGGAUUUUGCAGGUGUUCGGGUCCCGACUUACAUGCAGGGACGAUCUAUUCGACCUCUCCUUCUUGGGGAAAGUGAGAUCAAGCCGGCGUGGCAACAGGUGGCGUACCAUAGGUACUGGAUGCACCGCGAUGUCAUCCACGAGGCUUACGCUCACUACGGUGUACGAGAUCAACGUUACAAGCUGAUCUAUUGGUACAACGAAGACUUGGGCAUGGAGGGCGCGCGCCCUGGUGGCGAGGAGAAGGAGUGGGAGCUCUUUGAUUGCCAAGAGGAUCCGCUUGAGCUCUUCAACUGUUACCAUGAGCCACAGUAUCAAAGCAUAGUGAAGAAGAUGACAAGGCUACUCGAGGAGAAGAUGGCGGAAAUCGGCGACGAGCCGAUUCACAUCAAGCUGGCCGGGGCCAGUCUUCAGACCGGUAUUCAUGCAUAG